AUGUCGAGUGAUGAUCGCAGGACGCUGCUAGAGCGCGCGCAGUUGGCAGAGGAGGCUGGGCGUUGGGAGGACAUGGUAAGUCACAUCCGGGCAAUCGUCGUGACAGGACAAGAAUUGACAGUCGAGGAGCGAAACCUGUUCGCGAACGCCUACAAGAACCAUGUUGGAAACAAGCGUGCCGCCUGGCGGAUUCUCGAAUCCCACGAGAUCGCGUGUGAUAUGGCGAAAGACGCGGUGUCCGCUGGAGUAAACGAACUGAACAUCCAACCGGAAGAGGCACGGAAAGACAGCGCAUUGCUCCUGGAACUCUUGAAGGACAAUAUCAAAAUCUGGUCGGCAGAAGUUGACUCCGAGCAGCAACUGCAUCGAGCUACAGUCAGAUCUAAUUUCCGUUAG